CUCACAUUUCUUAAAUCAAUUUGUCAAACUCACUUUUCCCUUAUCUGAGGUAUUUCUUGUUCCUUAAGUGUUGGAAAAAUUUUACUUACACAAUUUAAGAACUACAAAUAAAUAUAUACUGUUUCUUUGCCUUUCAUUUUCAUUUAUCGAAGAGUUUACUCCAUUACAAUUCAAAAUGGCUCCUUAAUAUCUGCUGUUUUAGUUGUUAGGUAUUUCUAGGUUACUUUGUUUUAUUCAAAAUAUGUUAUUGUGUUAUGUUAAUACGAUCCAUACUUAUAAGUUUAAGGAGUACUGUUAUCUAUGUGAAAAUGGCGUUUCUAAGUGACGGUAUGAAAGUGUUGAAAAAGCACUACAAUUGUUGGUUGCACCCAAAAAAGAUCAAAUGAUCGCUUCUUGUAAAUAAAUAACCAGCCAAUCAUGGCAUCUACAAUUAGAAGGCCAGUAUAUGGGAAAAAACCUCCGUGUUCCUAUACUGGAAGAUUAGAGGAAAGAAUUAUUAAAGCCUGUGCUACAAAACUAGAGAAGUCGAGGAAGCCAGAAAAGCCAGAAGAUUUCAUUUGUUAUGAUGACUCUGAUGAUGAAGAAGACUCUCCUGUUUUGCAGCAGAGGGCAUUAAAAACUUCUUUUAACGUGGUUGAUUACAUUCGUAGUAGAGAAUAUGGUUUAAAAGAACUGAGAACGUUUAACAGAGAUUAUGGUUCAAGACAUAUACUAGCACAUGAUAUGUUUCGGGAACACCCGAUUGCAUUGAACAAUAUGAAUAAAGUGUUUUGUUCACAGUGGUUAAGCGAUCGACAAGUUGUAUUUGGUACCAAGUGUAAUAAGCUUAUGGUAUAUGAUGUUGCAACAGAAAAAAUCGAUCAAAUACCUUGUUUGUAUGGAAAGCGAGAUCCAUCUCUAGAAAUUCCUCCGGGUGAGGCCUCAAGUGGUAUUCAUGCUCUCCAAAUCAAUCCAUCAAGAACACUUCUUGCAUCUGGAGCGAAGAAUUCUAAUGAAAUAGCAAUUUAUAGGCUACCUACACUAGACCCAGUGUGUGUUGGACAGGGUGCUCAUAGAGACUGGAUUCUCGACAUCUGCUGGUUGGAUGAUGAAUUUCUAGUCUCUGGCUCAAGGGAUACAAAACUCGCUCUUUGGCACUUUGAGGAACAAGAAAUUUCUUCUGAUGAAGACAAUAUGCCUUCAUAUGGGACUACUGUUCCUCUAGAAUCAAGAGAUUGCAAAUAUGCACAGAAAGUUAGAGCUCUUGCCUUCAAUGAUAAAAAGAGAGAGCUUGCUACACUAUCACUCAAUGGUUAUAUUCAUAUUUGGGAUGUUGAAAGAUUCAGACAAAAACUUUCUCGGAAGUUGCCUUCGUGUCAAGAUAAUGUUUGUAUGGCUGUACAAGAAAACGGUGCUCUAUAUGCCAUUGGUUGUAAAUCAUAUACUCUUCUUCUUGAUUCGAGAACAUUGCAAGCUGUAAAAAAGAUUCCUUCCCGUUAUUCUGGUUGUGGAAUAAGAUCUGCCAGCUUCCAGUCUAACAUAUUAACAAUUGGAACUGGAGUUGGUAUGAUUAUGUUUUACGAUCUAAAAGCUGGAAAGUAUCUUGAGUCAAGCAUAAAUUCAAGUCGAACAGUAAUCCUGAAAUCAUCCCGAGGUUAUGUAGUACGUAAAACCAUUUUAUUUAAUUGAAUUAUUUUAAAAAAAUUGUUGAUUGUAGCAAAUUGAAAUAUUUAUACUAGGUAUAUCAUAUUGCAUAAUUAGGAAACAUGCCUAGUUCGUAGAAGGUAUUAAUUAAUAUCUAAUUUCAUGGGUUAUGAAAGUUUGAGAAUUGUGAUGUAUUAACAUAUUAAAUAAAAAUACAAUUUGUGAAUUGUAAAAAAAAAAAAAAAAAUAUGGCAGCCUCCUUUAUUACUGUCUAGAUUUAAUAUAUUAUAAAAAGCAUUAUGCUUUGGAAUACUUCAAGCUUGGCCUAAUUAUCUGCGAUCUCUUUAUUUACUCCAAUUUUUCAAUUACCUCCUUUAUUUAUAAUAGGACAUCACAUAAAUUAAAAAAGGAAAACCCUGGUUGCAAUAGGAUAUGCAUCCUAAGGAUCCUGCAUGCAUGAAGAAAAAGUUGUGUGAAUUAGGGUUGCAAUAGAAUUCAAACGAUAAGGAAUUUAUAUAACAUUUAGAUUGAAUUUGUACUUUCACUUACCUAGAUUUCUAAUACCUAGUUCCACCAUAAAUACUGUUACAAAAGUUGAACUUUGCUUAACUUUCGUGUUAUUUAGAUAAUCCUUGGUUUUCAAGGGAAAUACACAUUUUGAGGUGCUCUGAGUCUAAAUAAGGAAAUUAAAUGAAAUUUACUAACUAAAUGUAAACGAACAGCUAAAACAUACAAAAUACAUACAUAGAUUAAAGAUAUAUUAAUGACAGAAGAUGAGCAACAGGAUCACAAUAUUGUAUUAUCCCAGCAUAAGAGAUACAAAAUAAGAAUAAAUAGAUAAAUACAAUGAGGAAGGGGCAUUUAAUUCAUUUUAUGAGAAAACAAUGCGACAAAAAAAAAAACAGUUAAAGAAAAUAAAUUAAUUAUAUAUGUUAUACAAUUUGCAAUGGUAUUGUAAACUAUAAAAAAACAAGGAGAUUAAGAUAGGAAAAGAUAUAUAUGUAUACAUAACUGUAAGAAAUGAAAUACAUCUAAAAUAUAAACAAUCUUGUAGAUGGAAAAAAACAAUAUCUUAUCUUUUUUGCAUCACCUCACAGUGCUAUGCCAAAAGUGAUACUGAUUCUUUCCAAUUCAUAAAUAAUGAACAAAGAAUAAAAUAAAAUAAUGGUGUAUGAAAAGAAAGAAAAAAAAAUUAUCCUUGUUCCAUAAUACAUAAUUAACCAUCAUAAUUGUGAAGAGGAAUUGGAAUAAGAUGGUUUUGAAUGUGGAUAAAGUUGGCAUAUGGUGGAUUUUAAGUGGGAUGGAAUUCCAAAAGGUCGUGGAGUGGGCAAUAAAGUAUUGUCUUCUUAAGGAGGAGAAGAGCCACCCUAACUGGGCGUAGUAGUCAGAAACACGGGAACAUCUCGUGGUCCCUUCGACAAAUCUUACUAAGCUAUUCAUAAUUCUUUUUAGUCUGUCC